AUGGAUGCUGAUUUAGCCAAAAAAUUACAAAAACGUAUUCAGCGAAUUGAAUCGGUAGAUGAAAAUGAAAACAAUCGACCAGCUGAUGUACAAACACCAGUGGAACAAUCAUUGGAUAUGCCAAGUUAUCAACGAGUGUUUAAUCCAUUUAAUGAAUAUAAAGAAUUUACAAGAAAACAAAUUCAAGGCUUAAUGCAAACAUUUGAAAAAUUUGAUACAGACAAAGAUAAAUAUUUAAAUUUUAAUGAACUUAAAUUUAUGAUGGAAAAAUUAGGCAUACCUCAAACACAUUUGGGUUUGAAAGAUAUGAUCAAAGAAGUGGAUGAAGAUCAUGACGGAAUGAUUUGUUUUCGUGAAUUUCUUCUUAUAUUUCGUAAAGCGGCAUCGGAUGAUACACCAGUUGAAUCAGUCUUACACCAAUUAUAUUCAAUGUUAAUGGAAAUUGAUGUAGCUAAAGAAGGUGUUGGAGGAGCAAAAAAUUUUUUUGAAGCAAAAGUAGCUGCUCUAACAGCUGGUGAUAAAUAUCAACGUGAAAUACGUGAAGAACAAGAACAACGAAAACGUGAAGAAGAUGAUAAACAUCGACGAAAAAUGUCAUUUCAAAAUCGUUUGGCUCUAUUUCAAUCUUAA